AUUAUAUAGAUAACCAUGAAGCAAAUUUAUAUGAUUUAUUUGACUGUUUCGAUCAGUUUGUAGAAAGUUUAAAAAACAAAUAUACAAUUCUUAAUAAACUUCCUACUGAUUCUUAUCCAAUUAAAUCUGAUAUUAAACGGGGUAAAUCUGUUGAUGGAGAAGAAUAUUGUAUCCUUUUUAAUACAGAUAUUAAUAUAUGGAUUAAAGAAUUUGAAAUUUUUACAGGAGCCACUUAUAAUAAGCGAAAAACUGAACAUAUUGAAAAAAACAAUACUACACGUAUAAUUUACCAAUGUCAUCAUGCUG